AUGCCACCAAAGAAAAUGACUCCAUAUCAAUUCUCACGGGGAUUAACAUAUGAUGCACCGACACCACCUUUUUUAAGAGGUUUAACCAAACCGGACGAAGAGGCAAAGCUUGAAAAUGAAGACGAUAAUGGUGAAUCAUCGGAUGAAUUAGAUGAAUUAAAUGCUAAGAGAGAAGAAGAAAGACCACAAAUUGUUGUUUUAAAAGAAGGAAAACAUUUGAGUGAAAAAGAAGUGAAAAAAAUUUUAGAAUCAAAGGAAAAAAAUGAAAAAAAAGAAUCUUCGUCGGAAGAAGAGGAAAGUCAAGAAGAUUCACCAGCUAUUGAUGAGAAAACUGGAAAACUUCUUUUUCGUCAACCAAAAAAGAAAAACAAAGCAGAACAAUCAAAAAAUAAUAAAUUAGAUACUGUCGUGGGUUCAUCAAAGGCUAAAACUAGUAAAUCUGACUCUAUAAAAGCUGUUAAUGAAGUUAUUGACGGAAUGAAACGUAAAAGAAUUAGUAAGAAUGAAACUGAUACAUCAGUUAGUACAGAUAAAAAACCUAAACUUAAAAAAACAAAGAAAACACUUUUGAGUUUUGAUGAAGAAGGUGGAUAA